AUGGUUCUCCGGAAUGGGAACUGGAGCUCCAUCGAUGCAGAAGAUGUGGUGCCCGGUGACAUUUUGGAGGUUCGCGUAGGAGACAAGGUGCCUGCUGAUGCACGGGUGAUGAAGUUGAAAACGACCACCAUCAAGAUUGAGCAGUCACAGCUCACAGGAGAAUCCCAGAGUGUCUCCAAGGAAAUUGAAGAGUUGCCCACGAUCGAAGGUAAAGAAUGGGUGAUCCAGGAGAAGCAGAACGUGCUCUUCUCUUCGACCACUGUCUCCAAUGGUGCUUGCUUGGCGGUUGUGGUGGCCACAGGCAUGAGCACGGAGAUCGGCAAAAUCCAGGCAGCAGUGACGAAGGCUGGAGAAGACGAGGAGCAGACGCCUUUGCAGCAGAAGUUAGAUGAAUUCGGCAAUUUGCUCGCAAAGAUGAUCGGGGUGAUUUGCUUGCUGGUUUGGGUUAUCAACUACAAGCAUUUCUUCGAUCCGGUGCAUGGCUCCGUGUUGAAAGGUUGCAUUUACUACUUCAAGAUUGCAGUGGCAUUGGCGGUGGCAGCAAUUCCAGAAGGUCUGCCGGCGGUGAUCACAACCUGUUUGGCUUUGGGUACACGGCAGAUGGCCAAAAGGAAUGCUAUCGUGCGAAAGCUUCCUUCCGUGGAGACACUAGGCUGUACCACGGUGAUUUGCUCCGACAAGACAGGUACACUCACCACAAAUGAGAUGUGUGUGGUGAAGUUGGCCCUGCCUGAAAAUGGGAGUAUGAAGGCCUAUGAUGUGGAAGGCCACAACUACACACCAGUAGGCCGAGUGCCUGCGCUGUCGAUCGACUGGACGAAAUCCAAAGCGCUCCAGGUUUUGGCAAAGAUUGGCUGCCUGUGCAACGAGUCCAGAUUGCUGGUGGAUGAUGAGGAGAAAUUUGUCCGCAAUGGCGAGCCGACUGAGGCUGCAAUCCGUGUUCUCGUGGAGAAGUUAGGGUGCCCUGACGAAGCCCUGAACAAACGGUGCCUCCAAAAGGAAAAGAGGUCGGAAGAUGAUGCCAUGGCUUUCUCCAACCACUGGAUGAAAGGCAUGGAGAAGAGAGCUGUGCUGGAGUUCAGCAGAGACCGCAAGUCGAUGAGUGUUUUGUGGCAUGACAGCAGCACGGGAAGCAAUGUGCUUUAUGCCAAGGGUGCCCCGGAGAUGUUGGUGCAGCGAUGCUCCAAGAUUAUGUUGCCAGACGGUCAGGUGGAGGAGCUGACAGCUACAUGGCAGAAGCAAAUUGAGAAACAAUUGGUGCAAAUGGCCGAGUCCGCCUUGCGCACCAUGGCUUUGGCCGUGAAGAGCGAGGCGCUUGGAGACUUGCAGGCCUACAACGGCUCCCAUGACCAUCCAGGGCAUCGGAUUCUGGCAGAUUCCACUGGCUUCAUCCAGGUGGAGGACGACAUGACCUUCGUGGGUAUGGUGGGAAUUUUGGACCCCCCGAGGCCUGAAUGCAAGCCGGCGAUCGAGGCAUGCCGUGUGGCUGGCAUCAGUGUCAUCAUGAUCACCGGUGACAACAAGACGACCGCCGAGGCGAUCUCUCAAAAAUUGGGCAUCCUGGCGCCAUCCGGCAGCCACAGCGAGAAUUCCUUCACAGGGCAGGAGUUUGAAGCUCUUUCUGAGGAUCGAAAGGUAGAAGUCUUGCGGAAGAUCAUGGAGAGGCGCGAGGUGGAAGGCGCAGUUUUUUCGAGAACUGAGCCGAAGCACAAGCAGCUGAUCGUGAAGAUCUUGAAGUCUUUGGACGAAAUUGCGGCAAUGACUGGCGAUGGUGUGAACGAUGCCCCAGCUUUGAAACAGGCUGACAUCGGUAUUGCAAUGGGAAUUGCUGGGACGGAGGUUGCGAAGGAGGCCUCAGAUAUGGUCCUUGCAGACGAUAAUUUCACCAGCAUUGUUGCUGCUGUUGAGGAGGGCAGGUCGAUCUACAAUAACAUGAAGGCAUUCAUCCGUUACAUGAUUUCCUCGAAUGUGGGAGAAGUGGCAGCAAUUUUCCUGACUGCGGCCUUGGGUGUGCCAGAGGGUCUUACUCCUGUACAGCUUCUGUGGGUGAACCUUGUGACUGACGGCCCGCCAGCAACAGCAUUGGGCUUCAACCCUCCUGACCUGGAUGUCAUGAACAAGGCUCCACGUCGCAAGGACGACGCAUUGAUAUCAGUGUGGUCCUACGUUCGCUACUUUGUGGUUGGUGCCUAUGUCGGCUGCGCUGUGGUGGGCAUUUUCAUGUUUUGGUACAUUUUGGACGAUGCCCCUGAUGGCCACACCUUGGUGUCUUUGGAGCAGUUGCUGACAUGGGGCAGCUGUCAGGAGUGGAAGGGCUUCAAGGUCAACGACUUCGGUGGGAUGAGCUUUUCUUCCGACCCUUGCGCCUACUUUACAGAUGGAAAGGCGAAGGCUUCCACGUUGUCUUUGACCGUUCUGGUGGUCAUCGAGAUGUUGAACGCAUUCAAUGCACUUUCAGAGGAUGGCUCCUUAUGCCAAAUGCCCCCCUGGGCAAAUCCAUUUCUCAUUGUUGCGGCCACCAUUUCCAUUGGCAGCCACUUCGUCAUUUUGUACAUCCCAGCCCUUGCAACGAUCUUCGGCGUGGUUCCGUUGACUUUGCACGACUGGAUGCUAGUGUUGGCCUUCUCCUUCCCAGUGAUCCUCAUUGAUGAGAUCCUCAAGCUCAUCGGCAGAAGCACAGCCAAAAGCACAAAAGAGGUGAAAGACAAGAAGGCCUAG